AGUAAGCAACCCUUGCCACGAUUCAGGCAUUUCAUUGGGCGCUUGCUGGUCCUCCUUCCUUUUCCACAUCUCUGAGCGAGCCGACGCCAAGAUGAAUGACACAGUAACAAUCAGGACCAGGAAGUUUAUGACAAACCGCCUGCUCCAGAGGAAGCAGAUGGUUGUUGAUGUCCUGCAUCCAGGCAAAGCAACAGUCCCCAAGACUGAGGUCAGGGAGAAGCUUGCCAAGCUGUACAAGACCACCCCUGAUGUAGUGUUCGUCUUCGGCUUCAAGACUCAGUUUGGUGGUGGCAAGACGACUGGCUUUGCCAUGGUUUACGACUCAUUGGACUACGCUAAGAAGAAUGAGCCCAAAUACAGAUUGCAAAGGCACGGUCUGUAUGAGAAAAAGAAGACUUCCAGAAAACAGCGCAAGGAACGCAAGAACAGAAUGAAGAAGGUCAGAGGAACCAAAAAAGCAUCUGUUGGUGCAGCUGGCAAGAAGAAGAAAUGAGGUGUCUUUCCAGUGAGACCGUCAAAGGGGAACCGAUCAUCCUGGAAAUGUUCUUGUAUAUUGUCAUCAAAUAAAAAAGGAAAAUUUCAUAA